AUGUUACUUCGACUUGCUGUUACACUCCCUAAGCGCUUGGUAAGUGCUAGCAUCAGCGUUUCAUCGUCAACUCUAAGAACUGAAAUCAAAGAGGUGCAAAGUUUAAAAGAAAGCUUGAAGGAGCCACCAUCAGAGAGUGCUUUUCCAAUGCACGAAGCUGCAUCCGCUCGGCAAGCCAGCAUUGACUUAGGCGCUUCGUGUUGUUGCAAUUUGCGUCUGAGCCGUCAAGUUAGCAUGCAAGACAAUGCAUUACUACGACGUCAAGACAUUACGGGUCGCUUGUGUAACAUCUGCGGCUACUUUGGUGCCUCCUGUGUUGCAGUUCCCCGUACCCCAGGUCUUUUGAACUUGACCUCUAAAAUAGAUCAGCGCCGUCUGUACAGCACAAGCGCCACCAAAACCCCAAACACCAAUUUGCAAUUAUUGGCCGAAGAAAAAAAGGAGAAACGUUAUUUCACAAAUCCGUUUCCUGAUUAUGUAGAUCCCCGGAGUACACCGUAUGAAUUCGAUGAAAAACAUGUCAAAAAUCUUAUUGCCAUAUAUGUAGAUGAUGUUCUGGAAAAGUGUAGUCCUGGUUACGAUGAUGAGGAAAUACGCGGUGAUUUAUAUAUAGGCAGUGCCGGCAUUGCUUACAUGUUUUGGAAAAUGUCUCGGUCGUUACAGACACAAGAUUUAUAUCCGGCUUUGAAGCAUGCUCAUGAUUUCAUAAGCAAUGCCAAAGCGAAUACGCAUCGUUAUAGGAAACCUUCUGCCGAGCCUUUCUCGUUUUUGUACGGCAAUGCAGGCAUUUAUGCCGUAUCGGCAGCUGUAUCUCACGAUCUAAAAUUAAUGCAAGACCUAAGUGACGAUUUGAUGAACUUCAAAGCGGGUAUUACAUCUAGCAAGGAGCUUUCGCCAACCCAAUAUGGUUGGGACGAAAUGUUGUUAGGUCGUGCUGGCUACUUGGCUGGCUGUUAUUGGUUGAAUGAUAUAAUGCCGGGAAAAGAAGUUACCGAUGAUGAUUUAAUUUCCAUUUGUCAACUGAUUAUAGCUAAUGGUCGGGGAUAUGCCGAACAAAUUAAAGCGCCUUUGCCUCUAUUGUAUCAAUGGCGUGGCAGAGAAUAUUUGGGAGCCGCUCAUGGUCUUUGUGCUAUCUUACAUAUGCUUUUAGAGAGCCCUUGGUUUAGAACAGAUCCAAUAUCCGCUCCAAGUGCUGAACUGACGGAUAUUAAAAAGUCCGUUGAUUACUUUUUAGCUUUACAAGAUGACGAGGGCAACUUCCCAGUAGCAUUAGAGACUUUGGAAAGUGAUCGUGAGACGCGUUUGGUACAUUGGUGUCAUGGUGCACCGGGAGCCGUUUAUUUGCUAGCCAAAGCUUAUCUCAUUUUCAAGGAGGACAAGUACAUACAAGCCUUACGGCGUUCGUCUGAUUUAGUAUGGAAUAAGGGUUUCUUACGUAAAGGUCCCGGCAUUUGUCAUGGUGUAGCUGGUAAUGGUUAUGUAUUCCUGCUGCUGUAUCGUUUAACACAUGAACCUAAAUAUUUAUAUCGGGCAGUCAAAUACAUGGAAUUAUUGACCAGCGUGGAAUUUAAGCAACGGGCCCGUAUACCAAAUUGCCCCCAUAGCUUAUUCGAAGGUGUAGCAGGCACGGUCUGUUUUCUAAUUGAUCUGCUUAAUCCCAAACAAGCACAGUUUCCCUUUAUGGAUGUUUUCCACUAG